CAACCAGACAUUUCAUCCACCAGAAAUCUGGUCCUCAUUUCGCAGAAUACUUGUGCUUCAAAGUGCUUUCCAUUGUGGUCUGUUCUUGCUCUUUAAUUUCCUGUUGAAGUUUUGUUUUAAGCGGAAUUGGGGAGCCUACCGAUACAGCCUUACUGCUGAUAUGGAACAGAAUUCAGAUUCCAGUCACGGGCUCGCUCCGCAUGUCGCACCAUUUCCCAUUGCGAUAAAUAACGUCUGCCGAUCGCAUUUUCCAGGUCGAUUAGCGUCUUUAUGUGAGCUUGUGACCCAGUACGGAUGUAAUCUAUUCGUCGUUGCGGCAUCCAAAACCAAAGACCCGCUAAAGAAUGCUACAAAGUCGGACAAGAUGAAAGUGAAAACGCGCAUUGAAAAUGAGAUGCUCAAAAAUUCACCAUCAGAUGAUAAUCGCCUACGAUGUUGUCUUUUCCGCCGCAAAACUAGAAGGUUAUAUGUAUACUGCAUACCACCGUAUAUUUUGUGCGUGAUUCUGCAAGCCGCACUGGCCGUUUGGAUCAUUGUUAUGAUGGCGACGGCAUCAGACGAAGCCCAGUUCCACCUGGCGAUAGCAAGUUAUCUUCGCAUCGAUGGCAACUAUCGUUACGAGGAUGGAAGCGGAUAUGUGACCUUUAAAAACGCAUCUGUGGCUGUUCCGCGAGAAGACAGCGACGUAAAGCAGUGGAUCGGGGGUGUGACCGACGAUUUCUUAGAACGCAUAUACGACUGGAACACGAUUUUGACCAAUGACACAAGGGACACGGUUUUGCGAAAGUUGUGCUUUUCUGUUCACUGUGGCUGUAACUACAACGGUGACUUGGAGUACUGUAACUACAGCUGCCGGCGUCCGAAGGUUAUCGGAUGGCACAGAUAUACAGGAAACCGUUCACACACAGUGGUUAUUCUUGGAUUAAUGAGUUCGCUGAUGCAGAUUUGUGGCAUACUUGGCACGAUUAUUUUGAAAACCACUCGCCGGCACACGUGGUAUUCAGAGUGGAGAGGGUUUUGUAAUGCCAUGUGUGUCAACGUUUGGGUUGGUGGAUUUAUCAACUCUUUGGCUUGGUUUUUUUGUGUAAUAGUUAUUGCGGCUCGUGUCGUGCCUAUUUUCUAUGGUAUUUUGAGUUGAUUUUCAUCGGUGGUACACUUGCUAAUGCUUUUAUAUGUUUUCUCACUUACUGGGAAUUUUAAUAGAAUUGCCGCAUC